GUGGCGCCAUUGCUUGGAUCUACAUCACCUCGCUGCACUGAUUCGGAAAGCAGUUAAUGUGAUUGUGUAGCUAGUAAUCUAGUUACGAAUUAAAGAUAAUCUUUAAAAAAAAUAAAAUAAAAUGGACGCUAGCUAAAUGGAAAGUUCAUCGAUUGUACGAAGCUAACUGACAGGCGAGCUGGGUGGCUAGCUACUUACUAGUAACCUAUUAGGCCUAGUUGCGUCCAGAAUAAUUUCCUUUGCUGGUUAUUGUGAGUAACUGGGAUUGCACAUUACUCUCAGUUAACUGAAGUUACCUGCUCCGGCGCUAAAGUGGUUAGCAGUUGUGAAUUAAAUAACUACCUUAACUUGAUUUAAAAUGCUCUUUUGGACAAGGCAAAGAUGCUCACAAACGGCCUGUGCAUUGCUAUGUAUGCUAGUUAGCUAACCUGGCUAGCUAAGUAAUAUUAAAACCUCUCUGGCUGGAUGGUUAGCUGGUUUUCUUUCUUGUUCAUUGUCAGUUUUACCAAGAUACCACAGUGUUUUCUGACCACAGCUAGCUAACUUAAACCCACUAAUAAUCGACCAUAUUCUCUCAGGCGGGUUUAGGUCCCAGAGCCCGCAGGUACCAUGACUGGCAUCCAGAGCAGAGGCUCUGUCGGAGAUAGCUCGGAUGAUGAACCUUUAAGUACACUGAUGAAGUGGAAACCGACGCCGGAGAGGACACACUACUUAGGAGAGACAUCGCUGGCUGUGGAUGGCAGGGUUGGCGGUCCUUACAAGCAGCGUUCAUCUGCGUCGCUAGUCUCCGACUUUCUGGAAGACGCUUCAUUGAAGGAGACUUCCAAAGAGUCAGCCGCAGAGUCACCUGGACACAGCUCAGAUAGUGAGCCUCUAAGCACACUGCUUAAAUCCAAGAGAUCUGCUCCUGUGAUUGCACACAGGCAUCAGAAGACUGCUGUAAAAGAGUCCUCGGAUUCAGAGGAUGACCAACCACUGACGACUCUGAUCAGAAAGACUACACAAAAGGAGGUCUCAACACUGGAUGCCAAAAGCCCAAAAAGGUGCAAAAUGAGAGCAAGAGCCUCCAGUCUGAGACAGUCAUCGCCAUCACGAGUGAAGACCACCCAGAAGCGAGGAAGGAAAGGAAAGCCAGAGACAGAGAGAAUGGAUGCAGCACCUUCUACAGCUGAGAACCAAAUGCCUAAAAGGCGAGGGCGACCUAAGAAAGCAGACACACAGGCUAAAGCGCCCUCUAGUGACACGUCUGACGAUGAGCCCUUGAGCUUGCUGGUUGGGAAGAAGAGUCAGCCUGAAAUGAAGCAGGCGGUCGUGGUGCUGAAGAGGUUGUCAAAAAGUGACGUCAUGGACGCGAUGGCACAGGAGCGCAAGCGCAGCCGAGAGCAGAUCGCUGGAGUGGGAACAGGAAGUGCUGUGGAGAGCUCUGACGAGGAACCUCUGAGCCUUAAAGUUAAGAGACUCAAGAGGCAGACCAAGCCUGCCCAAGAAAGUCCAGCUGCGGAAAAGCUUGUUAAAAGACAUGGCGGACCCUGGUCUAUCGCACUGUUGGCAGAUACCAGUUCAGAAGAAGAACCCCUGGAGAAGCAGGUGAAGACUGCACAGGGGAAAUAUAAGGGCAAAGAGAGGACCAAUGGCGAAGAUGAAACACCCAAACCAGAGUCCAAACUGGCUGAGGUGUUGAAGGAAGACCUGGACGACAAGUGUCUGGCUGAGAGGGAACCCGAAGAAACGCCUCCGUCUCCUCAGAGAGAGCCUGGCAACAGCUGAACGUCACGUGCGCGCGCACACGCACAUCCGUGAGACUGAGCCUGAGAGAGUCAAAGCAGAGGACACUCGUUGAUGCGUCAUUCUGUGAUCAGCGCUUCUCUUACAUUUGCUUUAUUUAUAGUAAUGACAGUAUUAAACCAUCAGAUUGAUUUGUAACAACACAUGAAUCUCUCAUGUUGCGCAUGAAUGCAUGAAAUAGGGUUUUUAAUAUAGUUUCAUUUUCUAAUUUUUUUUAAUAGUAUUAAUCUGUUUUUAUGUUCUGGCCUCUUAUGUUGUGAAUGCCAGUGUUUUGAUUUGGGGUGUUUGUAGACAAAAAACAAAACAAAACAAUUUUUAUUCAGAGUUCUAUAGAGAUUGUUUGAAAGGAUUUUGAUAAUUGUGGAUAAGUGUGAAUAGUGAGUUAUAACAAGGCUGUAUGAAGGUUAGUUCAAAUUUGUUGUUUUGAUAUUAGUGUUUCAUGCUUUUAAAAUCUGCAUUUAUUUUGGUGUGCUGGUUAUUUUUAAUGUUGGGUUUUUUUUGUUUGUUUUUUUAAAUAAUAAGAUGGAGCAGUGUGUGAAAACAGAUUGUAUUAGUUGGAAAUACAUGUCACUAGUGCUGCCGUUAUCUUGGUGUAUGGGUUUGUUGGAGCGAAUAUUACAAACAUUCCAACUUUGAGUUUGAUUUGUAAUGAAAAAUGUGAAACCCUGCUGCCCA